AUGCCACCCGACCGUAUCAUCCUAUCCGGUAUGCAGUUCUACGGGUUCCACGGUGUCAAUCCCGAGGAGCGUCGCCUCGGACAACCCUUCGUGGUAGAUUUGGAAGCCGAGUUGGAUCUGCAACCGGCCGGCGACUCCGACCGUCUGCAAGACACCGUCAGUUACACCCACCUUUACCGCGUGGUAAAGGCCGUGGUCGAAGGCGAGCCAAGGAAUCUUCUGGAAACCGCCGCCGCUGCCAUUGCCAACGGUGUUUUUGAGCAAAACCCGGCGGUAUGCGGUGUACGAGUGCGGGUGCAGAAGCCGCGCCCACCAAAUAAAAGGAUCGGUUAUUGA